UAUCUGUUGCGAAUACACGGGGUAGCUUUAAUUAAGGACUUUGCGGAGAUUUCAAAUAAAAUGGGGUGGAAGUAUGAAUAAACAAGAGUAAAACAAGAGGGGAACAAAAGUGGCCAAGUACUUAUGGGUAUAAUCUCGAUUUGGGGGGGGGAGAAUCAGCCAUGAAGUGUGGCUGGAUGAUCUCUGGUGAGGAAAACAAGACAGGGAUUAAAAUGACAACUGAAUAGGAUGCAGCACAAUGCACAGUUUUGUAGUCUUUGUCUAGGGAACAAAAGAAAUGAAUUUUAACGAAAGAGUUCUAUUUGCAUAGGGACAAUGGUUGGACGCUGCUGUCCCCCUUUAGCCCAUUGUGUGAAGUGAAAGGGGGACACGUGUAUGGGUAUGUUGUAGCAUUUGGGGGAAGCCUGGCCAGAGACUGCACGCCUUGUAGAGCGUCUUUUCAGCACCCUGGACAAGUCUAAGCAUUUGGAUGAGACCAGUAGGGUAUUAUUAUGCUAAGAGGCACACUGAUGGCAAUCAGAGGUCACCUGAUGCCUGCCUCCUAAGUCCAUCCUCUCCCUGCUCAUCUCUAAAACACUAAUCUGUGGCAGUUGAGCAGGGGAGCAGCAUCCAGGACAUGUGGGACCAUAACCUCCAUCAUCCAACUAAAGAAAACUCUGGAACCUUUUUUUUCCUUAGUUAAAGCCCCAAUUUGCUCCACAAGUCCUGCUGCAGCAUCUGUUUUCAGCACCUGAUACCUGAGGCUCCUCUUUAGUUUCACCAGCCUAGAUAAGACCUUCCCAGGCUCUUAAAGAGAUAGGGAUGUAUCUCGCAGAACUCAUGCAACUAAUUUAGGGGGAGCAGCUGACAAUACAUGUGCCGUCUGCCUUUAUUUUUUGGUGUAGAAGAAUUGAAAACCCUUGAACUUGGCAUAAAGUGAGUACAAUGCUUCUUGAGGGAGUAAGGACCAGCACCCAGAAGUCAUUGGACAUGUGUGGAUAUACCAGCAGCCCAGAAAUCCCUCUGUGCGCCGGCUGCAAUCAGCACAUUGUAGAUCGUUUCAUCUUAAAGGUUCUCGACAGGCACUGGCACAGCAAAUGCUUAAAAUGUAACGACUGUCAGAUCCAACUGGCAGAGAAAUGCUUCAGCAGAGAAAACAGUGUGUACUGCAAAGAUGACUUUUUUAAGAGAUUUGGGACCAAAUGUGCAGCCUGCCAACAAGGAAUCCCCCCCACCCAGGUGGUGAGGAGGGCCCAGGAGUUUGUGUAUCAUCUUCACUGCUUCGCUUGCAUUAUAUGCAAAAGGCAGCUGGCCACUGGGGACGAGUUCUACCUCAUGGAGGACAGCAGGCUGGUGUGCAAGGCAGACUACGAGACGGCGAAACAGAGAGAGGCAGAAUCAACUGCAAAGAGACCAAGAACCACAAUCACAGCAAAACAGUUGGAAACUCUGAAAAACGCCUACAACAAUUCUCCAAAACCUGCCAGACAUGUGCGAGAGCAGCUUUCCUCUGAGACUGGCUUGGAUAUGAGGGUGGUACAGGUUUGGUUCCAGAAUAGACGAGCGAAAGAAAAGAGAUUAAAGAAAGAUGCGGGAAGGCAAAGAUGGGGCCAGUAUUUCAGGAACAUGAAAAGAUCGAGGGGGAAUUCUAAAUCUGACAAAGAUAGUAUCCAGGAGGAAGGUCCUGAUAGUGAUGCCGAAGUGUCCUUCACAGAUGAACCCCCUAUGACUGAAAUGAAUCACUCCAAUGGGAUUUAUAACAUCUUGAAUGAUUCAUCUCCUGUUUUGGGCAGACAAGCUGGAAGCAAUGGUCCUUUUUCCCUAGAACAUGGUGGAGUCCCUUCUGGGGAUCAGUAUCACAAUCUGAGGUCAAACAGUCCGUAUGGAAUCCCUCAGUCUCCUGCCUCACUACAGUCAAUGCCAGGUCACCAGUCUUUACUCUCAAACUUGGCAUUCCCAGAUGCUGGGUUGGGAAUAAUAGGUCAAGGAGGACAAGGCGUUGCCCCAACAAUGAGAGUUAUAGGGGCAAAUGGACCAAGUUCUGACCUUUCCACUGGUAGUAGUGGUGGAUAUCCAGAUUUUCCUGCAAGCCCGGCCUCUUGGUUGGAUGAGGUUGACCACACUCAUUUUUGACAAAGACUUAUCUGACACCAUACAUUUUGUGCAUUAAAGGCAGAUGGAAAUAUUUUGUUAAACCCGAAGACAAACACCAGGAGAUUGUGUUACAAAGGCACAGAUAAUACAGUGAUUUUUGAGAAAUGGACAUCUUCACCCAUUGCAUAUUACCUAGAUUGUACUCAGUUUUGCUAAUGCUUCCCUACACUGUGUUCAGAGAACUUAAUCCUAAACUGGAACUGCGAGCGAAAGUCUUCUAAUUACCUGUACAUCAGCAUUGAUACUUGUUUUACUUGUGUUGUACGCUACUGACCAGGCCUAGCCUUGCUAUACUGCUACCACAAGACUGUUCUUUGUUUGAUUCUUUCCUUUCCCAUCAAAGAGACUAAUUUAGAAAUCACUUUUUACUCCAUUCCUUCUGAAAAUUGGUUAUGGACUGCCUUUAAGUUGGAUACUCGCCAUGUAGUCUGAAGUCUUACACAUCUGCAGUAGAGAAGUAUUUUGCAUUUGCACUUAAAGUCUGUUGCCAAAAACUGUAUAUCCAUAUUUAAAUGUAUUUUUCUGUUGUAGCUAUAAAAAUCAAUAUUUAUCUCAUUUAAAAUCUUUAACACUUUUUUUAAGAAAAAAAACUUUAUACUGUCAUUUUUUCAAAAAUAUAUUUCUGUUGUCUCUUUUAACGUCGCUUAUUCUUCAAAACCGUAAACAGAUGCUGUUUUAUUGGGAAUCAGAAAACCAGUAUGUAAAUUUUUAUUCGUGAGCUGAAUACGGUCGAAUAUGUGUAUGUCAAUGUGUUUAAUUUAUUCUCUCGUUAAUGAUCAAACACUUCGGAAAAGUAAAAUAAAUUUGUCAGCUAAAA